GAUCUGAAAAUGGUGCGCUACUCCCUGGAUCCGGAGAAUCCCACAAAAUCAUGCAAGUCACGGGGAUCCAACCUGCGAGUGCAUUUCAAGAACACUCGAGAGACUGCUCAGGCCAUCAAGGGCAUGCACAUCCGCAAGGCCACCAAGUACUUGAAGGAUGUCACCUUGAAGAAGCAAUGCGUUCCCUUCCAGCGCUACAAUGGAGGAGUUGGUAGAUGUGCCCAGGCCAAGCAGUGGGGCUGGACUCAGGGACGCUGGCCCAAGAAGAGCGCAGAGUUCUUGCUGCACAUGCUCAAAAAUGCAGAGAGCAAUGCUGAGCUCAAGGGUCUUGAUGUGGAUUCUCUGGUCAUUGAGCACAUCCAGGUCAACAAGGCUCCCAAAAUGCGCCGACGCACCUACAGAGCACAUGGUAGAAUCAACCCCUACAUGAGCUCCCCCUGCCACAUAGAGAUGAUCCUCACUGAGAAGGAGCAGAUCGUUCCCAAGCCAGAGGAGGAAGUUGCUCAAAAGAAAAAGAUAUCCCAGAAGAAGCUGAAGAAGCAAAAGCUAAUGGCUCGGGGGUAAAUCUGCUCUGACAGAUGUACAUAAUAAAAUGAAAAAGUUUA